UUGUUGUUGCCUCCUUCUUCUAUUCCUUCCCUCCUUGCCGCCAUGGCCUGCGACAGGAAGGGCCUGACGGAGCUGAGGGCGGAGCUGUACUUCCUCAUCGCGCGUUUCCUGGAGGCCGGCCCCUGUCAGCAGGCGGCCCAGGUGCUGAUCCGGGAGGUGGCCGAGAAGCAGCUGCUGCCCCGCCGCACCGACUGGACGGGGAAGGAGCACCCCCGCACCUACCAGAACCUGGUGAAGUAUUACAGACAUUUGGCACCCGAUCACUUGCUGCAAAUAUGCCAUCGACUAGGACCGCUUCUAGAGCAAGAGAUUCCUCAAAGCGUCCCCGGAGUGCAAACGUUAUUGGGAGCGGGAAGACAGUCCUUGCUUCGCACAAACAAAAGCUGCAAGCACGUCGUGUGGAAGGGAUCGGCUCUUGCUGCCUUACAUUGCGGAAGGCCUCCGGAGUCGCCAAUUAAUUAUGGCAGCCCGCCCAGUAUAGCGGAUACCCUGUUUUCAAGGAGACUGAAUGGAAAAUACCGCCUGGAGCGACUUGUCCCAACGGCCGUCUAUCAGCAUAUGAAAAUGCACAAGAGGAUCCUUGGGCAUUUAUCUUCUGUCUACUGCGUAACUUUUGAUCGCACCGGCAGGAGAAUCUUUACCGGUUCUGACGAUUGCCUGGUGAAAAUCUGGGCCACAGACGAUGGUAGGUUACUGGCUACCUUAAGAGGACAUGCGGCGGAAAUCUCCGACAUGGCUGUGAACUAUGAGAACACCAUGAUCGCUGCCGGGAGUUGUGAUAAAAUGAUCCGAGUUUGGUGUCUGCGAACAUGUGCACCUCUAGCUGUUCUUCAGGGGCACAGUGCUUCUAUAACGUCGCUUCAGUUUUCUCCACUGUGCAGCGGCUCCAAGAGAUAUCUCUCUUCUACUGGGGCAGAUGGCACCAUAUGUUUUUGGCUGUGGGAUGCUGGAACCCUUAAAAUAAAUCCAAGACCAACAAAAUUUACAGAACGCCCUCGACCCGGAGUCCAAAUGAUCUGUUCUUCUUUUAGUGCCGGUGGAAUGUUUCUGGCCACAGGAAGUACCGAUCACGUCAUUAGGGUGUAUUUCUUUGGAUCGGGUCAGCCGGAAAAAAUAUCAGAGUUGGAGUUCCACGCGGACAAAGUCGACAGCAUCCAGUUUUCCAAUACUAGUAACAGGUUUGUAAGCGGAAGCCGGGAUGGAACAGCCCGUAUCUGGCAAUUUAAACGGAGAGAGUGGAAGAGCAUUUUAUUAGAUAUGGCUACUCGCCCAUCAGGACAAACCCUGCAAGGAGUAGAAGACAAAAUCACGAAGCUAAAAGUAACUAUGGUUGCAUGGGACCGUCAUGACAACACUGUUAUAACUGCAGUUAAUAACAUGACUCUGAAAGUGUGGAAUUCUUACACUGGCCAGCUUAUUCAUAUCCUCAUGGGCCACGAAGAUGAAGUGUUUGUUCUGGAGCCCCACCCGUUCGAUCCCCGAGUUCUCUUUUCCGCCGGCCACGAUGGAAACGUCAUCGUGUGGGACCUUGCAAGAGGAAUGAAAAUCCGCUCUUAUUUCAACAUGAUUGAAGGCCAAGGACACGGAGCAGUGUUUGACUGCAAGUGCUCUCCUGAUGGUCAGCAUUUUGCAUGUACAGACUCUCAUGGUCAUCUUUUAAUUUUUGGCUUUGGCUCCAGUAGCAAGUAUGACAAGAUAGCGGACCAGAUGUUUUUUCAUAGCGAUUAUCGGCCCCUCAUCCGCGACGCCAACAACUUUGUCUUGGACGAACAAACGCAGCAAGCCCCACACCUGAUGCCCCCGCCAUUUUUAGUGGACGUCGACGGGAACCCUCAUCCGUCAAGAUUCCAGAGGUUGGUUCCAGGUCGGGAGAACUGCCGUGAGGAGCAACUCAUUCCUCAGAUGGGAGUGACGUCUUCAGGACUCAACCAAGUUUUGAGCCAGCAAGCCAACCAGGAAGUGAGCCCCCUGGACAGCAUGAUCCAGCGCCUUCAACAAGAGCAAGACCUUAGACGUUCCGGCGAAGCCGGGACCAGCAGCACCGGCCGCGUGGGCCGAGGCUCUGCGAGCUCUACCUCAGAAGUCCACUCGCCACCCAACAUCGGCCUGCGUCGCAGCGGCCAGAUCGAAGGGGUCCGGCAGAUGCACAGCAACGCCCCGAGGAGCGAGAUGGCCACCGAGAGGGACCUCGUGGCCUGGAGCCGCCGGGUCGUCGUGCCCGAGCUGUCGACCGGGGUCUCCGGUAGGCAGGAAGAGUGGAGAACAGCAAAGGGAGAAGAGGAAAUAAAGAGUUAUAGGUCAGAGGAGAAAAGAAAACACUUUUCAAUUCCUAAAGAGAAUAAGAUACCCAUUUUUCCUAAGAAUCACUCUCACGAUAACUUACUGGAUGCCGGAGAUUUAAAAAAGCAGCAGGCAAAUCAGCAUAACUACCGAACCAGAUCCGCUUUGGAAGAGACCGCGAGACCCUCAGAAGAAUUGGAAAAUGGCAACAGCUCAUCAGAUGAAGGCGAGGUAAUCGCGGGCAGUGGGGGCACAUCAGAAGAUGAAGAAAGAGCGUGGCACAGUGACGGCAGUUCGAGUGACUACUCCAGCGAUUACUCCGACUGGACAGCGGAUGCCGGAAUCAACCUCCAGCCCCCAAAGAAAGUCCCCAAGCAUAAAAGCAAGAAAGCGGAAAGCAGUUCGGAGGACGAAGAAGAGUCUGAGAAGCAGAAGCAGAAACAGAUUAAAAAGGAAAGGAAAAAGGGGAACGAGGAGAGAGAUGAACCAGCCUCGCCAAAGAAAAAGAAGCCCAAAGAGAGAAAACAGAAGGUUGCAUUUCAUGACGUCGGUCAGCGGUGUUGGCAGAGAUUGCCCGUAGGCGAAUUGACUGAAAAUGGUUUGACGUUGGAAGAAUGGUUACCUUCAGCGUGGAUUACGGAUACCAUCCCUCGGCGAUGUCCUUUUGUGCCCCAGAUGGGUGAUGAGGUUUACUAUUUCCGGCAAGGUCACGAAGCCUAUGUGGAAAUGGCUCGGAAAAACAAAAUAUACAGUAUCAACCCCAAGAAACAGCCCUGGCAUAAAAUGGAAUUGCGGGAGCAGGAAUUGAUGAAAAUUGUUGGCAUCAAGUACGAAGUGGGACUACCUACUCUGUGCUGCCUUAAACUUGCCUUUCUAGAUCCAGAUACUGGUAAACUCACUGGAGGAUCAUUCACCAUGAAGUAUCACGAUAUGCCAGAUGUUAUUGAUUUCCUAGUCUUACGGCAGCAGUUUGAUGAUGCGAAACACAGGCGCUGGAAUAUAGGUGAUCGCUUCAGGUCAGUGAUAGAUGAUGCCUGGUGGUUUGGAACCAUUGAAAGCCAGGAACCUCUUCAACCCGAAUACCCUGACAGUUUGUUUCAGUGCUACAAUGUCUGCUGGGACAAUGGAGAUACAGAAAAGAUGAGUCCUUGGGAUAUGGAACUUAUACCCAAUAACGCCGUGUUUCCCGAGGAGUUGGGGACCAGUGUUCCUUUAACCGAUAUCGAGUGCAGAACUCUGACCUACAAACCCCUGGAGGGAGAGUGGGGUUCCAAACCCAGGGAUGAAGAGUGUGAGAGAAUCACAACAGGGAUAAACCAACUCAUGACACUAGAUAUUGCUUCUGCAUUUGUGGCCCCAGUGGAUCUCCAAGCCUAUCCCAUGUAUUGCACUGUUGUAGCAUAUCCUACUGAUCUCAGUACAAUUAAACAAAGACUGGAAAGCAGGUUUUACAGGCGGGUUUCUUCACUGAUGUGGGAAGUACGCUACAUAGAGCAUAAUACACGCACAUUUAAUGAGCCUGGAAGUCCUAUUGUGAAAUCUGCCAAAUUCGUCACUGAUCUCCUCCUCCAUUUCGUGAAGGAUCAGACUUGUUACAACAUAAUUCCGGUCUACAAUGCGAUGAAGAAGAAAGUACUGUCUGACUCGGAGGAAGAAGAGAAAGAUGCUGAUAUCCCAGGAACCUCCACCAGGAAGAGGAAGGACCAUCAACCCCGGAGACGAUUGCGUAACCGAGCUCAGUCCUAUGACGUCCAGGCUUGGAAGAGACAAUGCCAGGAAUUGUUAAACCUCAUAUUUCAGUGUGAAGACUCCGAACCUUUCCGCCAACCAGUGGACCUCCUUGAAUACCCAGAUUACAGAGACAUCAUUGACACUCCAAUGGAUUUUGCUACUGUCCGGGAAACGCUGGAGGCUGGAAAUUACGAGUCCCCAAUGGAACUGUGUAAAGAUGUCAGGCUUAUUUUCAGCAAUUCCAAAGCGUACACACCCAGCAAAAGAUCAAGGAUCUACAGCAUGAGUUUACGGCUUUCGGCGUUCUUCGAAGAGCAUAUCAGUUCGGUUUUAUCGGAUUACAAGUCUGCUCUCCGUUUCCAUAAAAGAAACACGAUAACGAAGCGAAGGAAGAAAAGAAACAGAAGCAGCUCCGUUUCCAGUAGCGCCGCCUCGAGCCCCGAAAGGAAGAAGAAGCUGUUCAAACCUCAGCCCAAAGCAGAAGCGCCCACCACCCCUCCGCCCUGCCCGCCGUCCCGCUCGGUGGCCCCGCGGUGCCCGGCGGCCCAGACCAACGGACGAACCGCCGAGUCCAGUCCCCUGGUGCGGACCAGGAGCAGCAGAGGGGGGACGACGGCGACGACGGACGCCCCCCUCACCGAGCAGCCCUCCACUUCGUCGGCCUUCAAGCCCCCGGUUUUGAAACAGAACCCUCCGGCAGCUCCGGGGAAAACAGCCCCGGAGAACUCUUCGAAACAUUCCAGAAACUUGAAUUCUCCAUCGAGCCCUGGCCAGUCCAGUUUGGGUCACAGCACGAGGAAUAACUCCGCGGGAGAAAGUGUGGAGAAAGAGAAGCCAAUUAAACGGAAAAUGAAAACAUCCACGCUCACAAAAUCGUCUGUUAUCAAAUCACCCACAGUAGCUCAACAAGCAGACUGCAAGAGAAACGCCCUGGCGCCGAGCAGCGUUCAGAUCAACGGACACGGAGGGCAACCGUCGAAGCUCGCGGUCAAAAGGGGCCCCGGCCGUAAACCCAAGGUAGAGGUCAGUACCGGCGGCGGGGAGGUCGUGCCCAAGAAGAGGGGACGGAAGCCCAAAAAGCUCCAGUGCGUGAAACAGGAGAACCCGGAGCGAGACGCCGCCCCGGCCCGCCGGGACGCGGCCGGCGACGAGGGCCCGGCCCCGUCCGCCGGUGGCUUCCUCCCGGAAACCAACGCGGUCAAGGAAGACUCGUUGCAGAGAAAGGGCCGCGGGGGAAGGAAGCCCAAGAGAAAGAUACAGGCCCGGCCGCCGGACCCAAACCUGGCGGGGACCAAACGCGUGAAGAUGCUCAGAAGAAGCAAUCGAAAAAAGAUGGAUGAACCUCUGGAUGAGGAGGAAGGUGGGGCGGGGGGAGAAGGAGGGGAAGAAGGAGGAGGAGGAGGAGGAGGGUCUGAGGAACUCAGAGAUUCCGAACCGCACAUGAGAACUAGAAACCAGGGUCGGAGGACAGCCUUUUACAACGAAGACGACUCCGAGGAGGAGCAGCGGCAGCUAUUGUUCGAAGACACCUCUUUGACUUUUGGAACAUCCAGCAGAGGCCGGGUUCGGAAGUUGACUGAGAAAGCGAAAGCUAAUUUAAUCGGCUGGUGAUGCGUACCAAACGCUCGGCUUCAGAGCUCUAAAGCAGGUACAGUUAAGGAAUGAGUAGAAUUAUGCAUUCUACUUCCUUGCUGCUAUUGUGGAUUAAGAAAGUGUGUUCUGAUUUGAGAGGGAGUUUGCAAAAAAAAAAAAAAAAAACCCGACAAAAAACCACAAAAACAAAAACUUCAGAGAACAUUUCCUUGGAAUAAAUAUAUAUUUUAAAUGUUCGCUAUUUAUUGCCCUCGAUAGGUUACGCAUUUCAACAGUCCUUUUGUUCCCAGGUCAAAACCAGUUGAAGCAAUUCCAGACCGAUUUAUGGGCAAGAGAGCUCAGCCGCACUCUCGAAGUGCAAAAUAUUUCCAAUUGUUUUAAAGUGAUUGAACUUUUCAUGUCACGAUGGAAGUUUAUUUUUGACCACGCAAGGUACAUUUUUAUUGAUUCUAGAAAGUCAUGUCUCCCAGGAAGACAGAUGUGGCAGAGUGACAGGAAAUUAAGAAUUGUGUUCCCAGUAAGGAUGAAUCUAAAAUGACCAAACUUGGCUGAUCCGACAAAUCUUCGUGUCAGUGACGGUGGACCUGCUCCAUCCGCCCUCGAAGCUUAGUAGGACAGGCUCCUGCUUUUUUCCCCCAGUUCUGUCAAACAUAGAGAAAAAUGUACUGGCAAAAAAGAAAGAAAAGAAAAAAAAAGAAAAUAUAUCCACAUUGGAAAACGUUUGACUAAUGUCUAAUUUUUCAGACCUUGAUUCUUGUAUCAAUCACUCAAUCUCUGUUGUGCCAAAGACUGAGAAUCAGUGCAGUGGAAAACCCACGUUUCUGACUGUCGAUACAGCCUACGGUUUUCAAUGAUGGAAAAAAAAGCUGUAUAUUAUUCUGAAUAGCAAGUGAUUAUGAUUUGUACUGAAAUGUAUCCUCUUUUGGUACUUGGAGUAGAAAAAGUAAUGCACUGGUGGGGUCCUUUGACAGAGAUGUUUUAGACGAAACGUUGAAGUGGUUAAAGGAUUCAAGGAAAUUACAGGAAGGAUGGGAUUUGAUGUUUACUUGGCGAUCUGGAUUCUUGUCAUUUCUAUAACUUUAGACAUGUUUAAUAGACUAAAAUGACUUACCAAGAAAUGUAUCCGUGUGUAGGUGUAGGUGUGUGUGUAUGUGUGUAGAUAAAUAAGUGGCUAUUUAUGUAUGCACACGCGCACACACAAACGUACACCUAUUCAAUAUUACCCAGGUAUAAAUUCUUUUUUCAGGAUUUUUUAGCUAGCACUAGGAUAAAAAAAAAAUAAUUUAAAAAUGUCAUACUUUAUAGUUUAAUUUUAAGGGGAAGAUUGGUUAUUUUCAAUGAUUAAAGUUUAAAAUAGGCCAAAUCACUUUUUAUGCAAUCAUGUUUUAUACAGUGGUCUCAUUGCACAUUGUGUUUUUUCUGCACUUUUUACGGUAACCCUAUCACGCUGACAUAAGUCAACAUACACCCUAAAGAAAAAAAAUUCCAUGUAAUGAUUGUGCCUUGUAUUCUGUUGUUUUUUGCAUCUUUAGUAAAAUUAAGUUGUCUAUUGUAAAUGAUAACUAUAUGACUUAGGGGAAUGUAUUGCUAUAUGUACUGCUAUGGAAAAGAAAAGCAGUUAUUUAUUUGUUUAUGGUACAUUUACUGUAGUUAUUUUAUACCUUAAACCAAUUUAAAAAUACCAUUUUUCUUGUUGGAAACGUAUUGUCCCAUUUGGAAAAUUCUCAAUAUUACAGGAUGUAGUAUUUUCUGAGGAACUUUAUGGUGCAAAAAUGUAACCCAAACUUUCAGAUGCUACAUUUUGGGGCGGACGGCGUAGGGAAGGGAGUUGUGCCAUUGCAGUGACCCAGAUAUCAGAGAAUAAAGGUGUCGAAAUUGAACAUUGCCAAAUUCAAUCGCAUAGGCUAUUUCUUUGCACAUACUGAUUAUGGGAAAUAUUAGGUAGCGUAGAUUGGUUAUUGGGGGGGCGGGGGGUGGAAACCCCCCCAGUAACUGAAACAUUUCGUGUUUUUAGAUGAAAUUUGCAGCUAUAUUUGUACAAAAUGUUUGUGGAAAAUUAAGUAAACCCUGUUCCAGUUCUUGACUGGAUUGCUGGGAAUCUUGCAGUUGGAAAAUAGAAACGGUCUGGCAUUUUCCGGUUUCUUUAUUUUAGCAAAGUUUGCAACUUUUUAAAAAAACUAUUCAUAAUGCAAAAGUGAGAGAUGGGUUGACAGUAAACUUGGGACAGAGUUGUGUCAAAAUGUUGAAAUUUGCCAUUAAUCCAUCUAUAAGGCUUUUGUAGCUCGUUUUAAAUGGUCAAUUUCCUGAUGCUACCUGCAAGAAAAAAAUGAUAGAAUACAUCUCCUGAGCCCCAGCCCCUACAAAAAAUGGGAUAUAAAUCCACGAUAACCGUACGUAUACACAGAAAGAACCUCCCGUGUGGUCUUAGGAUCAUUUCAGUAAGUGGGCAAACUCAGAAACUGAAGAGUUAAGUAUUUAAGGUCUGGACUGCAACAGAUAAACCUGUAUCAUUCCCUUCAUGCAAACACUGUCUAACUCUGGUCUCACACCCAGAGUCGUUUAGAUCCGAUUUUCAGUGGAACGCCCGUUUAAACGAGUAGCGCCAGAUUCAUUGAAAUGUGGCAUUCGUAUCAUUUUUGAUUCAAAGCGUGCGGCCGACAGUUGGCGGCUAUUCAAGUCAUCGCCGUAUUUUUGUCUGUUUUGAAUUUUCCUUCGGGCGCAGGUGCCGAAACCCAAAAAGACGAGCAGUUGUUUUGGUUUCUUUUGUCUUAGUCCGUCUGAGCAAUAAAAGUGAUCUCAUUUGGUGGAAGAAUUUCAGAAACUAGCUUGCUCCGUUCGUGUGUAAAGUCAUCUAUGCGUUUUCUAAUUCGCUAGAAAGGAAGUCACAGUGUGAUAACGCUAAAGGCCCCCAAAACACGUUUCACAGUCCAGUUGCAGUCUCCCACCAUCUCGGUAGCAGCGGCUUUCCAACUGUACCGGAAUCAUGGGGAAUUGAAUUGUUUUCUGCUUAGAUGGACGAACCAGGGGUUACCUAGAUUUUUUUUUCUUCCGUUCUACCGCUCUGUACAGCCGAAGAAGCGAUGUUUCCGUUCCCCUGAUGUGUGGUUCCUCCCUACCCAAAAGCCUUCGGCCGUAUACGUUUCGUGGGAUCGUUUAGGACGUUCCUUGGCCUGAAUAGAAGCCGAGGAAGCGGACUGUGCGAAAGGCAGAGAUUGGAUGCCAAGGGCUCGUACGGCGGGCGGUAACUAGGAGUGGCCUGUUGGCCUUCCGUCGUGGCCGGGAAAAACGUCCCAAUUCCACAUUUGGCUUGUUCCGGGUCAGCUCCCGGUGCCCACGUGAUGGGGACUUGGUCCAGACCCACCCAUCCCGCCAACAGAUUGCGGUCGCUUGCCUUCCGUUCCCGGCCACUCGGUUUUUACUGAUCCCUCCCUCCUUCCCUCCCCACUCAGACUUCAGCUGCAAGCGGUCUGGUUUGCUGAGGAUGGCAACCUGGUGGAGGGGAGAAGGUUAAAAUCGUUUUAUAUUUUGUCAUAUUUUCCUGCAGUCUCUUGUAACUGAUGAGCCGCAGGCGCCCGGGUAGUCAGAUGGUCGAAGGACUGACGGUUUCCCUCGGAGUUUCUGUGUAAGUUUGUGUCUGUACAAUUUAUAUGCAUGAUCGUAGGAGAAUCUUUUUCCUCUGCGGAUUUGCCCCCGAAUCCCGGAAGGCCUUUCAGACGGAAAAGUCUUCCUCUUGGCAUUUUUCUUCCUUUUCUAGGAAGAUGGUUUGGUUUGGUUUAUAAAUAGUCGAAACGCUGAGAGACCCAAACCCUGAAAACGUUUAUUUUGCAUUGAAAGAGUAUCACGGUCUGCUAUCGUGAGACUAGCUCCGGAGGUCUGGGAAUUGAACUUGUACCCAUUGCAAUAAAAUAAGGUUUAUGAGUACAAGCUGAGGAGAGCGCUAAUGGUUCAACUUUUUUUCUUUUUUUGCUUUUUGCUUUUUCGUUUGCUCUGCUUGAAUUCUUUUCCAUGCAGAUAAAAACACAUCAGGAAAUUAACCCUUGUGGCACAGACCAAAUACAUGACGUUUGGGGGUGGGGGAGAGGAUAGUGUGAAGGGUGAAAUUUGAAAGAUGACGAUUGGAAAUGACAGAAGUAAAUCUCUCGACACCCACUUGGUACCCCUGCCUCCAAAUCUCCAAAGCACUCGGGCUUUGUUUUCAAAGUUGUGCAUGUUGACUUAAACAGGUAUGACACUGUAGAAUGAGAUGAAAAAAACAGUUACCCUUUUGAACCGUAUUGAAACAGCGAACCGAGACAGGUGUCUUUCAGAUCUUUUAGAAAACAAUUAAAUCCUGUCACUUGCGACUUUAGACACGUAGAAUGUAGCUCAAUUUUAAGAAAGCGAUCUAGAGGGUUGAUUUUAAAACUGACACAUUUUCAGAAUGAAAGUUCUGCUUAUUUUGUACAGAAUACAAUGUUAAACUCCAAUAAAUCUGGUGUAUGUAAUGAAUAACAUACAGUUUGAAAAGAAAAUAAUUCUUUAGCUUUAUCGAGCUUUUUUUCCUCUGGAAACCUGGAGUUCUAUUGUGUUAACCUGCAGUAUCACACAUCAGGAUAACAGUGCCCUUUGUUUUUUGUACAUAUUGAUUGGACUUUACUGUUAUGUGGACACUUUCUAUGUUAGUUUUGAUGCAUAAUUCUUUGAAUCCUUUUAUACAAAUUAGAAUGUAUGUGUAAGAAUUAUUGUCACUGCAAUGUAGUAACUACAAACUUAUUUUUAAAUAAAUAGAAAACUUGUUU